AUGAUUCAAAUUCUAAUUUUGGCCCUUUCCAUCGUCACAGUUACUAUGCAGCAGUUGGCAUGCGAACCAGGAUAUGCUAUCGGAGAAGUCCCUGCUUUUAGCGGAGGCUGCCCUCAAGGAUACAUCAGAAUCUCAGAGGGAUUGUGCUGUGAAGACGAUCAUAUUGAAUACACGACAUGCGUUGAUCAACCCAAUAAGCGCGGAGUGAAUGAGUGUCCCGGACUGCAGGAAUACUGUAACAAUAGUUUGUUCAAAAAAGUUAUGAUGAUCAAUUGCCCAAGAAGUUGUGGAUUUUGUACAUAG